CAAGCCCCAAAAACUUCUCCCCAAUCACUCUCCCCCCGCUCUAAACCCUCUACUCCUGUCUCGCUGAAACCCAAUUCCUCCGAAACGCCAUGGUUGUUUCUUCCAAGGUUGGUAGCUGAUGUACGGAAUGACGUUGUCGAUCGUGUAUGCAUUUCGCUUUUGCUGCAUUGAAGAGUUCUUUCUUUGAGGCUAUUGAAUUUUGGUGUUUUGUGGAGAUUUGGUGAGCUAUGAGAGAGGGUCUGAGAUCUGGUAGUUCAGCUGCUCGUUCCAAGAAAGAUGAUGCUUCCAAUAGCCCAGCAUUGGCUAAAAGGAAUGUGUAUAAUACAAGGCAAAAGGGUUCUGAUUUGAAUAAAGAGAAAAGCACUGGUUUGGAGGCUGAAAAAGGGACCAAUGUAUAUUCUACGAAGGAAGGAGACGAAUUGGAAGACAAAAGUAAUGGAUAUUCUCCAAAGGAAGCAAUUGAACCUGAUAAAGACGAGGCUUUGACUUGCCAGGAGUUGAUUCAGAAGAAAGUGGAUAGCGCUGUCCAACUGGGUUCUGAUGUGAACAAAGAGACAAACUCAGAACAGAUUUCAUGUUCCAAGUCUGAAGUAGGCACCAUAGUCUCAUCUCCAAGGGAAGAAGAUGAAGUUGAAGAAAAUAAUAAUGCAUCUUCUCCAAACGAAGGAGUUGGACUUGAGCGGAGAGAGGGAUCACAGAAUGCUGAAUGCCGCAGAGAUUGCAAUGUGGAUGGUGGUGAAGUUGCGGUUGAGUUUGCUGAGAAUGCAAGGAAAAGGACUCGGCUAUAUGGAGGUGAGAAUUUUGAUGAGAACAGUGAUGAAAAGAAGAAGGCGGCGAUGGAGGGUUUUGGUUUAGAUAGCAAAAUGCAGACUGCAGGUAGGAUAUUGAGGUCAGCAUCACGUUCCAGAAGUGAUGGGGAGACGGGAGAGUUUGGAGAUGAUGUUGUUGGUAAAACUUGUUGCUGCGGUGAUGACCCUGAGAAGGAAAGGGCAGAGUUUGAAACUGCAAAGGGCAAUCAAUCUGAUGGUGAGGUGAGGAAUAUUUUGAAACAAAAGAGUGAGAGCAGGAGAGACCCCAAGAUGCAGGGUGAAGCGAAAAUGAAAGAGAGUGAUCAAUCUGAUGGUGAGAUGAGGAAGAAGUUGGGAGAAAGUUGCCGGAAAAAGCGAGGGAGACCCCGUAAGGUGCAGGUUGAAGUGAAAAUGAAAGAGAGUGAUCAAUCUGUCGGUGAGAUGAGGAAGAAGUUGAGAAAAAGUUGCGGGAAAAAGCGAGGUAGACCCCGUAAGGUGCAGGUUGAAGUGGAAACAAAAGAGAGUGAUCAAUCUGAUGGUGAGAUGAGGAAAAAGUUGGGAGAAAGUUGCGGGAAAAAGCGAGGGAGACCCCGUAAGGUGCAGGUUGAAGUGGAAAUGAAAGAGAGUGAUCAAUCUGCUGAGCAGGAAAGGGCCAGAGGUGAUUGCGAGAGGAGAGAGUAUGAAGAUAAUGUUGUUGGUAAAACGAGUAGCCAUGGUGAUGACCCUGAGAAGGAAAGGGCAGAGUCUGAAACUGAGAAGAGUAAGCAAUCUGAUGGUGAGGAAAGGGAGGUUUUGAAGCAAAAGGGUGAGAGCUUGAGAGACCCCAAGAUCCAGGGUGAAGCGGAAAUGAAAGAGAGUGAUCAAUCUGAUGGUGAGAUGAGAAAGAAGUUGGGGGAAAGUUGCGGGAAAAAGCGAGGGAGACCUCGUAAGGAGCAGGUUGAAGUGGAAAUGAAAGAGAGUGAUCAAUCUGCUGAUCAGUUGAAGAAUGAAGGGGAAAAAAAGCCCAGGAAAAAGUGUGGGAUACCUUCCAAGAUGCAGGUUGAGGUGGAAAUUGAAGAAAGUGAUCAGUCUGAUGGUUAUUCUAGGAAGAAGUUGAAACAGAAUUGUGGAUCAAUGCCCGGGAGGCAUCCUCUAAUGCAGCAGACUGAUGGGUUUCUGAAGGUGGAGUCUGAUAAGGAAAACAGCAUCGGAACAAUGAGGUAUAGCAAGAGUGUUUUGAGAUCUAGAGAUACCUUGGAGACUGAAGCAUGUACUAGUAGAUCAUUUUCAGAAAGUAAACGUUUUGGGGAAGAGUUGGAAAUGAAGAUGCCUAUUCCACCGAAGGGUAAUAAUUGUGGCAAUAAUAAACUUGAGGACAAUGAAUCUUCUUUUGGGUCGAGAUCAAAGGCUAAAACAGCACGUAGAUUGACAAAAAUAAGAGAUAAUGAAGGAGAGUGUGCGCAAGGGAAGGAAGGAAGAUUACAGCGUAGGGCUAUACAACAGGCAGUGAGAGAUCGGAUCGUGGAACUGCUUCUGAGUGCAGGCUGGAAAAUUGAAUACAGACGUAGAAAUAGCAGAGAGUACAGUGAUGCUGUUUAUGUUAAUCCCAAAGGGAAAACUCAUUGGUCAGUUACCUUGGCUUAUAGGAUGCUUAAGGAGUCUUAUGAAAAUGGUAAUGACAAUAGUAAUUCUGACUCUGAGAGUAGGACAGGUUUAAAAUUUAUUCCUAUACCGGAUGAAGAACUAAGUGUACUGAAAAGAGUAACGUCCAAGGAAAGAUGUGAUAAAAAUGUAAGUAGAAAGGGGAAGAAAAUGAUUAUCAAGAAGACAGCUGAGGGGGUUACUAAUAAGGAACAGCGCAAACACAAACGGACAAUGAAGAGACUGAAGAUUAAAAAAACAGCAGGAGGGGUCACUAGUAAGAAUCUGCACAAGAGAAAAAUGCGAAAGGAAAAACUAAAAGCUGUUAUGAGUUCACGUGGUGCAGCAUUCAAGGGUAGACUGAAAAACAAUAAAUUGACUCAUGCUCAGGAUAAUUCAGCAUGUUCAUUGCAUGGGGGAACACCAUUGCUGGCCAGAACACGCAAGCGGCUAGAAUCACAUAAUCAAAAUCGAUGUGCUCUGAUCGUUCGCAAUUCCAAGGAGGGGCCAGAAUCUGACAGUGAUGGUUAUGUACUGUAUGAUGGGAAGCGAACUGUUCUAGCUUGGAUGAUGGACUUGGGUAUUGUUCCAAUUAAUGGAAAGGUGCAGUGCUUUAACUUAACAAAAACAAGAGUAAUGCUUGAAGGUAAAAUUAUGAAAGAUGGCAUUCGUUGUGAUUGUUGUGAUAAAAUCUUCACAGUAUCACAUUUUCAAACUCAUGCCAGUGGUGAUGGCUUCCAAACGUUUCGAAAUAUAUAUUUAGAGAGUGGAUGCUCCCUCUUGCAAUGUCUGCUAGACUCGUGGAAUAAGCAAGAUGAGUCUGAACAUAGAGGGUACCAUCACAUUGACGUUAACGGGGAAGACCCAAACGAUGAUACGUGUGGAAUCUGUGGAGAUGGCGGGGACCUGAUCUGUUGUGAUGGUUGUCCGUCAACAUUCCAUCAAAGCUGCUUGGAUAUUAAUAAGUUUCCUUCUGGUGACUGGUGUUGCAUAUAUUGCUCAUGCAAAUUUUGUGGGACUGCCAAUGGCAGUACAUAUCAGGGGGAUGACAAUCCUGCUGCUACCUUAUUAUGUUCAUGCUGCUUGUGCGAGGAGAAAUAUCACCAUUCUUGUGUUCAGGCAAAGAAUGCUGGCAAUGAUGAUUCUGGUUGUGAGUCCUUUUGCGGGAAGAAAUGCCAAGAGUUGAAUGGGAAACUACAAAGGCUUCUUGGGGUUAAACACGAUCUCGAUGAAGGCUUCUCAUGGACUCUCAUUCGCCGAUAUGAUGUUGACUCAGAUAGGUCUCUUGAUGAUGUAUCUCAGAAGAUUGAAUGUAAUUCAAAGCUAGCUGUUGCACUGUAUAUAAUGGAUGAGUGCUUUUUGCCUAUGGUUGACUACAGAAGUGGAGUCAAUCUGAUUCGCAAUAUUAUUUUUAAUUAUGGGUCUAAUUUUAAGCGACUAAACUAUGUUGGGUUUGUUACUGCAAUUUUAGAGAAGGAUGAUGAGAUUGUUGCUGCUGCAUCCAUUAGGAUUCAUGGGAACCAGUUAGCAGAGAUGCCAUUUAUUGGGACUCGCUAUACAUAUAGACGUCAAGGGAUGUGCCGCCGACUUUUAAGUGGAGUUGAAAGUGCUCUGUGCGCCCUAGAUGUUGAGAAGUUGGUGAUACCUGCUAUCUCAGAGCUCAGGGAAACGUGGACUACAGUUUUUGGCUUUAAGCCUGUUGACGCAUCACUCGAGCAAAAACUGAGAAAUACAAAUAUGUUGGUGUUCCCUGGUGUUGACAUGUUACAGAAACCGAUAUCAAGCAGUCAAGAAACCUUGCUUGCUGCUGAAGGUUUGAAGUCUGCUGAACUAGACGAGCAUCAAAUCAUGAAUGAGUAUAAUAACUCCGAUGAUAGAUUUUCAGCUGCAGUUGAUGUGAAUGUUUCUAGUGAGGUUACUACACCUGGUGCUCCUAAGAUAUGCGAUGAACCUGUUGCACAUGAAUCUGACUCUUCUCUUCCUCCUGCCUCCUUGGAUGUUACAUCUGACAUAACAAGUGAGAACAUUGAUUUACCAGCUAAUGCCUGUGCUUCUGAUGCAAAAUCUCUUGUUCAUUUGAGUGAAAAUCCUGAUGAUCUUGAGAAGAAAAUCAAUACUCUUGGUCGUGCAUGUGAUUUUUUUGAACAAGCUGGGGAUAUUGGCAAACAGCAUAAUGCUAUUAUGGUUUCUAGUGCCCCUCCUCAUGAGAGGAUUGAAGCAUUAGAUACCUGUCCAAAUCAGCUUGGUGUUCCUGAGGUGGAAAUUAUAUCAUCCAUGGUAGCUAAUAUUGGGAUCAAGGCUGGUGAUUCGGAACGAAAACUUAUAUGCACCUCCAAGGAUGCUACUGAAAGUGUUUCCUGUGAAGUGAAACUAGAAGAUAGCAUUGUCAAAGACUCCUACAAUUCUCAUGAAAAUAUUACUAUCAAGCAUGAUUCAGAUACUGUAACUCAGGUAUCAGAGGACAUGAAGAGAGCCAAGCAUCUGCUUAUUGAAGAAUUUCAGGUCGCUGGAUCUUUGGAUUUAGAUGGUAAGGUGCAUGACACCUGUGAAGUGAAAAAAAUUGUUUUUCAAGAUGUAUCUGUGGCAGGAGUUGCAUUUCCAGCAUCAGCUCAUGACAGCAGCUCUUGUAAGAUUAACAGUAUGGAAUGUCCUGAAGCAGUUGUCCCUCCAACACCCGAAGAUGAUUGUCAUAUUGCAUGUGGGUCUGUUGCCCUUGAAAAACCCAGUUUACAGACUGAAAUAAAUGGAUCACGAAGGUCCACAGACAUUCCAUUAGAUUCUAGCGAAGUUACUGUGGGUGGUGAACUUGACCUGGAAAAAGAGCCCAUUGCAGCUCAAACACAUACCCUCUCUGCGGGUGAGGAUUCCAUAUCUGGGUGCACUCAGAUAGAAAUCAAAUCUUCAAAGCAUCUUGAAUCUGAUCAUAGAGUUCCUCAAACUAUUAUUGCACCAUGCAAUCCCGAAUCAUUGUGUGGUUCAAGCUCUGCUUCUGGUGCAUCUAAGCAAUGCAGUCUCUGGUGGAGAUAACUCAUGUGGUGCUCCACAGGUGGUGUAAUUCCUUCAAACCAGGUUAGUUAAAUUGUAAGUCUCGUCAUCCUUUUGAUGCCUUCUGAUGUGAAAGUUUACUUUUUUGAAACGAUCAUUUGGAAGUACAGUUUCAACCGCAUAUGCUACCUUCAGAAUAUAGAUCCAAUUGAGGGUUUGUGUA